AUGGGACUGCCCGCCCUGGAGUUCAGUGACUGCUACCUGGACAGCCCUCAGUUCAGGGACAGGCUCCGGUCCCAUGAACUGGAGCUGGACAAAACCAACAAGUUCAUCAAGGAGCUGAUUAAAGACGGCAAGGCGCUGAUCCAGGCUCUGAAAUGUUUGUCAACGGCAAAGAGGAAGUUCGCUGACUCCCUCAAUGACUUCAAAUUCCAGUGUAUUGGAGAUGCUGAGACGGAUGACGAAAUAUGCAUAGCCAAGUCGCUUCAGGAGUUUGCAGCUGUCCUACAAAACCUGGAGGAUGAGAGGACAAGGAUGAUUGAAAACGCCAAUGACGUGUUGAUUACUCCGCUGGAGAGGUUCAGGAAAGAGCAGAUCAGUGCAGCAAAGGAAGCCAAGAAGAAGUACGACAAAGAGACAGAGAAAUAUUGUGCGGUGCUGGAGAAGCAUCUAAGCCUUUCAGCAAAGAAAAAAGAGUCCCACCUACAUGAAGCAGACAACCAGGUUGAUCAUGUCAGGCAGCAUUUCUAUGAAGUUUCUCUGGAGUACGUUUUUAAGGUUCAAGAGGUUCAAGAGAGGAAGAUGUUUGACUUUGUGGAGCCUCUGUUGGCAUUUUUACAAGGCCUGUUCACCUACUAUCACCAUGGCUAUGAGCUCGCAAAGGACUUCAACCAUUUCAAGACUGAUCUCACUAUCAGCAUACAGAAUACGAGGAACCGUUUUGAGAGCACCCGUUCUGAGGUUGAAAGUCUGAUGAGGAAGAUGAAGGAGAACCCUCAUGAACACAAGAGCGUCAGCCAGCACACCAUGGAGGGCUACCUGUUCGUUCUGGAGAAGCGUUCCUUCGUAUCAACUUGGGUAAAGUACUACUGCACCUACUACCGUGAGCCUAAGAGGUUUUCCAUGGUUGGGUUUGACCCAAAAUCUGGGGGUAAAAUGGGGGAGGAGGAGAGCUUCAUCCUAAAGUCGUGCACAAGGAGGAAGACAGAAUCCAUAGAGAAGAGAUUCUGUUUUGACGUUGAGGCCGUGGACAGGCAAGGCAUUAUCACCAUGCAGGCUCUGUCAGAGGAGGAUCGCAGGUUGUGGAUGGAGGCUAUGGAUGGUAGAGAACCGGUGUAUAAUCUAAACAGAGACAACCAAACUGAGGCCAUGGCCCAGCUGGAUGUCACUGGGUUCAACAUCAUGAAAAAAUUCAUCUACGCCGUGGAAACUCGAGGUAUUGGGGAGCAGGGCUUGUACCGAAUCGUUGGCGUAAACUCCAAAGUACAGAAACUACUGAGCCUGGCUAUGGAUCCUAAGACAUGUGCUGAUGUGGAGCUGGACAACCCAGAGUGGGAGAUUAAAACAAUAACAAGUGCAAUCAAGUUUUAUCUCAGGAUGUUGCCUGCGCCUCUCAUGACAUAUCAGUACCAGAGGAGUUUCAUCAAAGCUGCCAAGAUGGAUAACCCAGAGGCCAGAGUGAAAGAGAUCCACGCUCUCGUCCACCGACUGCCUGAGAAGAACAGACAGAUGUUAGAGAUGCUGAUGAAACACCUGAACAAUGUGGCCAGCCAUCACCAACAGAACCUGAUGACUGUGGCCAAUCUAGGUGUGGUCUUUGGUCCAACUCUGCUCCGUCCGCAGGAGGAGACAGUCGCUGCCAUCAUGGACAUCAAGUUCCAAAAUAUUGUGGUGGAAAUUCUCAUAGAGCACCAUGAAAAGAUAUUCAGGGACGUGCCAAGUUCAACAGGCAAUUCAACAAACAUGCAGCCUGAGCCGAUGAGGAGAACAAGCACUGAUAGUAAACCACCAUCUUGUAGCGAGAGGCCUCUCACUCUCUUCCACACCCCAACACAUUCUCAGAAAGGUGAAAAGAGGAACAGUGUUGGAAACACUGACCUCCAGCCACCGGCGUCUUCCUCUGCAAACUGUAACAGCAGCAGCAGCAGCAGUAGCAGCACGGGAAGCAACAAUCGAACCUGGAGACACAGUCUGACCAGCAAUGAUGGAGAGCAAGACAGUCGGCAAGUCCGACCCAGCUCACUACUGAACCCAAAAAGUCGGGGCAGCAUACCAACAAUUGCGGCGUCUCCCAGCCCCACCUCGCCACGCUCUCCCUCCUGGCCAAUGUUCUCAGCGCCUUCGAGUCCACAGCCCGUCUCCUCUGCGUCCAGUGACUCCUCUCCUGUCAGCAUCACAGGCAGGAAGGCUCGAGCGCUCUACGCUUGCAAGGCAGAGCACGACUCGGAGCUGUCCUUCAUCGCCGGGACCGUCUUUGAGAACGUUCACGCUUCAAGGGAACCCGGCUGGUUGGAGGGAACCCUGGAUGGUCGAACUGGGUUGAUCCCAGAAAACUACGUGGAGUUUCUAUAGCCCGAGCUGUACCGAGAGACAAUUGUAGUCCAAGCUGGACUUGACUGCAAAAAAAAUUCCCUGUGAUUACAUGAUCCACUGAACCAGGUUUUAUUGGACUGAAGAAAAGAAACCGGACCAAACAGAACCGAAUCAAAGGGAUAUAAGAGGACUGAAGCAGGGUGGUAUUUUAAUUGCACUGGGAAGAGAGAGAGAGAGAGAGGUGUUAUUGGCUCCUGUGAGUGGAGUUCACAGUGAGGAAGCGGAAAACGUCACUGAUAAAAUUACUCUUAUAAUUGAGCUGAUAUUUGAGUUGAGAGUUGGCGAUUUUCAUUUUGGAACGUCUGAUUUAUUACUCUGAUCUGGACUGCCAGUUCUUCAUCAUUCCCUGUUUUCAUUAGGUAGAUACAGCAUUAUUGACAGAGAAAAGAUAAAUAGGGAGUGGCCUUCAGCUUUAAACUGAUGGUUUGCCUCUCCAUUGUUUGAUUGCUAAUCCCCUUGGGAAAUCUGAGCCGUGAAAGCGGACUGUAAUGAAAGCUCUGCUGUAAAGUCUUUGCAAUCGCUUGUCAGGGGUUAAUUCCAGGUAAAGAGACUCUGCCCAGCCGCAGUUAAACGACCGUAGCUCCAGGGCAUACCAACAAGAUGGACGAGUGCGCUUCAAGUGCCCUGGGUGUCAUGAUCAUUUAUAGCUUUUUUUUUUUUCCUCAUAGAGCCAUCAUUAAGAAAAAAAAAAAAAUGUGAAAAAUCUGAAGCUGGAUCCACAGGCGGUUUACAGCCAGGCGUAGGAGGAGCAGCUGAUUGCUGCAGGAUAAAACAAACCCAGCUGCAAGGCCUUGCUGUGAGUGGAGCGAGUGUGAGUCAUGUUUGCACUAUGUUGGUCCAUUCUUGGAAUUCUAAUCAACCAGGAAGCUUUUUUUUUUCUCUUUUCGUUUUACAUCACAGAUUACCUACAUGUUUUUCUCCAUUUUUAUUUUUUCCAUCAUGCAGAUUCUAAAGCUUUAAUCUCAUCAGCACACAGACAGAAAACUUAUCACCAUUCCUCAGUAUUGAUCUUCCAAGGAAUCAUAAAGACAAUUCUAGAACUAAUAAUGAUGGACGUUUGAUUUUAUAGCUAAUAAAAUGUAGAUUAUUUUCUG